GGGCCUAGCUCCUGGUCAUUUAAUCCCACCAAUGAUCAGCAUCUACGUGAUAGCUUUUGUGAAAGUUGUCACUGGUCUACCCAUAGAAGGCUUCUAUUUCGGGUAUGAGAACAAAAUGCCCCUUCCUGGCGAUCAAUGGCUCAUACGCUUCGGUCUGUUCAACCCUCACCCAGAGCAUCCUACCGACAGUGGGAUGGCCCAGUUAGACUUUCAUGAAAGCUUCAUUCCUGAACGACCUCAGGUAAACGGUAUCAUAUGGCAUUAUUACAAGAGACCCUAUGAACACCUCCAUCUAGAUUUCGCCAACUCAGUUUCCCAUUCGAUGAUUCAGGUGGUUCCUAUAUGGGGACAGGCACUGUUCGAUCGAUAUCCCAACUACUUCACUCUGAAGGACUGGACUGAUGUACCGUACAGCGCCAGAGAAGGGUUGAUCGUCGUGAAAGUGAAUGGGAGGGAGUAUAACCUAUGGCUACAUAAGCGUCCAAGUGCUGCGGCGGACGAUCUAGCCACCACUACCGAAUAAUAUUUUCCAAUUUCUUUUCCCUCGCUAAUGACCACUGGGAAUCAACGGCUUUAUAACCUUGAUAGACGUUUUCUUUUUUUGUGAUCCCCAGCGGUUACACAGUACUAUGGGUUCCUGACCCGCCCGUCACCCUGUUCACUGUGGUAUUUUCACGAGAUAUUACGAUACGGUGCAUGGAUGCAUUGGUGGUCGUAAACUCCCCAGUUGCCCCCAUUUGAUUUCAUUGGGCCUUUCUCGAUAUGACAGUGGCGGCUUCUCGGCGACAAGAGAGCUCCUCGCCGCCAUAGUCGUCCUUCACGAGAACUUGCAUUAUC